CCUUUAUCAUAAGUCGUCAAAGCCACCGAGAAGGAUGCGAGCAAUUCAAUUCGUGACGACGCGACUGAGCUCGUGCUUGAGACCUAUUCGAUUCGAAUUCGUUUCUUCUUCUUCUUCGCCUCGAUUGUUCUCUAACACUCGGCGCCUUAUAUGCACCGCCGCCGCGACGAAAUCGAACGGAGGCAGGUCCGGUUCGAUUGUGGCUCCAUUGGUGAAUGAAAAGGAAGAAGAGGAAGUUGAGAAGAUAGAUGUGAAUCCACCUAAAGGAACUCGCGAUUUCGCUCCUGAGGAUAUGCGUCUCCGCAACUGGCUCUUCAACCAUUUCAAAGAGGUAUCACGGUUAUUUGGGUAUGAAGAAGUGGAUUAUCCAGUGUUGGAGACGGAGGCCUUGUUCAUCAGAAAAGCAGGCGAGGAGAUUAGAGACCAACUUUACUGCUUUGAAGAUAGGGGUAAACGGCGUGUAGCAUUGAGGCCUGAGCUUACUCCUUCUUUAGCCAGGCUUGUCAUUCAGAAAGGAAAAUCAGUUUCCCUUCCGUUGAAGUGGUUUGCGAUUGGGCAGUGUUGGCGGUACGAGAGAAUGACAAGAGGAAGGAGACGCGAGCAUUACCAGUGGAACAUGGAUAUUAUUGGUGUCCCUCAUGUCACUGCUGAAGCAGAACUCAUUUCGUCUAUAGUCACCUUCUUCAAGCGAAUUGGGAUCACUUCAUCUGAUGUUGGUUUUAAAGUUUCUAGCCGCAAGGUCUUACAAGAAAUGCUAAGAAAAUAUGGGGUGCCUGAAAACUUGUUUGGCAGAGUUUGUAUCAUUAUUGACAAGAUAGAAAAGAUCCCCAUUGAUGAAAUAAAAAAGGAACUUGGGUCCACGGGAAUAUCAGAAGAUGCUAUUGAACAGCUACUGCAAGUGCUUUCUGUCAAGUCCUUGGAUGAUUUGGAAGAUGUACUUGGUGGAGCUGGAGAAGCCAUUGCGGAUCUGAAACAACUCUUCUCACUUGCUGAAAAGUUUGGUUAUUCAGAGUGGAUACAGUUUGAUGCGUCUGUUGUGCGUGGUCUGUCUUAUUACACUGGUAUUGUCUUUGAGGGAUUUGAUCGAAAAGGGAAUCUACGAGCUAUAUGCGGUGGUGGGAGAUACGACAGAUUACUCCCCACUUAUGGAGGCGAUGACAUUCCUGCUUGCGGUUUUGGUUUCGGCGAUGCUGUAAUUGUUGAACUUCUUAAGGAGAAGAAUUUGUUGCCAGAAUUGGGACAAGAGGUAGAGAACAUUGUGUGUGCGUUGGAAAAAGAUCUCCAAGGAGCUGCAGCCACUGUUGCAACCGCUCUCAGAAGCAAAGGCCAAACCGUUGAUUUGGUAUUGGAGAGUAAACCGUUGAAAUGGGUGUUCAAGAGGGCGGCUCGGAUAAACGCAAGAAGGCUGAUACUGGUUGGGAAGACAGAGUGGGAAGAUGGUUCAGUGAGUGUGAAGGUUUUGUCUUCAGGAGAGCAGUUCCAAGUAAAACUCAGUGACUUGGAAUAGUACAUGAGAAAUUCUCUUUUUUGAGCAAUUGAGUUGAGAUGGAAUCUUAAUUUGAUCGUGGAAGGUUUAUAUCAAAAAUCUCAUCUUAGUAUUGCAUUGAA